GGCGAAAAGGAAGAAAGGGAUAGAGAUAAAGAUAGAGAUAGAGAAAGGGACAAGGAGAAGGAUAAAGAGAAAGUUAAAGAAAAGGAAAGGGAGAAGGAGAAGGAGCGAGACCGCGAGAAGGAACGAGACAGAGAAAGAGAACGCGAUAGAGAGAAAGAGAAGGACAAGGACAAGGAUCGAGAAGAGCGAGAGAAAAAGGAGAAGGGUAAGGAGCGGUGCAAGGAUAAGGAAAAGCGAAAGGAGCGUGACAAAGAUCGUGAAGCUGCUUUGACUAAAACGAGCCCUCUGUCUGUUACGGCUGCUCAAACAAAGUCGCGAUUGGACACUGACCAUAAGCCUUCCCAACUGCCUCCUUCACCCAGUUAUGAAGAAGUUAUCAAAGAUUUGCGUGCCCAAUUAAAGCGAUCUCAAGAGGCACAGAAGGAAAUGUCGGUACUAUUAAAUAUGUAUAAAGUGAUACCUAAGGACCAGCGUGACAAGGCAGCUCUUCUUCAAGCUGAGGCGAAAUUACGUUCGGAGUUGAAUGAGGCACGAAAUGAGAUCGUUCGACUCCAGACUCAAGUGGCUGACCUUCAACAUCAGCGUAGAGAGCGUGAUAAGGAGCGUGAGCGUGAAGAGAAAGAUCGGGAGCGUGAACGAGAAAGGGAGAGAGAAAGAGAGAAAGAGAGAGAACGUGAAAAAGAGAAAGAUAAGGAGAUUGAGCGAGAUAGAGACAAGCAUUCUUCCGUUGCCCGAAGGCCUUCAUCCUCCUCACAAGCAUCACCGCAUUUAGCCUGCUCACUGAAUUCUAUUAGCGGCGUGGACGGUCGAUCACCCCUCACCAUAGACGAGUCCAGACUACAAACAUCAUCAGUUCCCGUCCAUCUUGAUGUAAGCAACUCUAAUUUCAAAACCCUGUGGCUGUGA